AUGCAGGUCACCAAAUCUCUCCUAGCAGUCUUCCUGCUCUUCGGCUCUAACGCCUUAGCCGCACCCACUACCGCCGAGGCAGUUGCACCUCUCGAUGAGCGCACUGCCCUUGAGAAGCCAGAGGCCAACAUCGAGGCUAGACAAGGCCCUGGCGUCAACGGGGAGGAUGAGGAUGAAGACCUCAAAUACAAAGCGGCGUGGCGCGGCGGGCACCACUGGGGCCCGCACUACGGCCCGCACUACGGCCACCACCCGCACCACCACGAGCACGGGGAUGUCGACGGCAAGGCUAAGGACAAUACCCGCAGCCCUCAGCCGUUGCCGCGAGGAGAGGAAUAUGACGGCAAAGAUCGCGGAGGACACCGCGGCGGUCACGAUGGACAUCGCGGCGGUCAUGGUGGACACCGCGGCGGUCACGGUGGACACGGUGACGGUCACGGUGGUGGACACGGUGGUGGAUAUCAUGGCGUACGCGAUGAAGGUGUACGCGAUGAAGGUGUACGCGAUGAAGGUGUACGCGAUGAAGGUGGACGCGAUGAUGGUGGACGCGGUGGUGGCAGACAUGGUGGUGGUGGACGUGGUGGUGGCGGACACCGUGGUGGCGGACACCGUGGUGGUUGGGGCGGGAAGGCAGAGAAGAGGGGUGAGGGUGAGGAGGAGUACCGUCACGGUCACAAGGGCGGGCAUGGUGGUGGACGUGGUGGUCGUGGUGGUCGUGAUGAGUAA